GAAAGCCACGCCAGGGAAGCCACACCAGGAAAGCCACACCAGGAAAUCCACGCCAGUAAAGCCACGCCAGGGAAGCCACACCAGGAAAGCCACGCCAGGAAAGCCAGUAAAGCCACACCAGGAAAGCCACACCAGGAAAGCCACACCAGGAAAGCCACACCAGAAGCCACAGCAGGAAAGCCACAGCAGGAAAGCCACGCCAGGAAAGCCACACCAGGAAAGCCACACCAGGAAAGCCACGCCAGGAAAGCCACACCAGGAAAGCCACGCCAGGAAAGCCACACCAGGAAAGCCACACCAGGAAAGCCACACCAGGAAAGCCACACCAGGAAAGCCACGCCAGGAGAGCCACACCAGGAAAGCCACACCAGGAAAGCCACACCAGGAAAGCCACACCAGGAAAGCCACACCAGGGAAGCCAGCCACGCCAGGAAAGCCACACCAGGAAAGCCACGCCAGGAAACCCACACCAGUAAACCCACACCAGGAAAGCCAUACCAGGAAAGCCACACCAGUAAACCACACCAGUAA